CUUCAGCACUACUCUAACAAACAAAAAAAAAUCAUUCAAAAAUGGCCGCAGCGAAACUGUUAUUUCUCGCAGCACUUUUCCUCUCUCUGUCCUACCUUUCCGGUGCGGCGGGCAACGCCGCAGCCUCCACCAGUUUCAUAAAAAGCUCUUGUAAAUCCACUACUUAUCCCGAUGUAUGCGUCGCUUCCCUUUCCGGUUACGCACAAGCCAUUAAAAACAGCCAAUUGCAGCUGGUGAAGACGGCUUUGUCCGUGAGCCUAAAUAAAGCUGAAUCGACAAAAGGAUUCGUUAGCAAGCUGUUGAAAUUCAAGGGAUUGAAACCGAGAGAGUAUGCAGCUAUCAAGGAUUGCGUGGAGGAAACGAAUGAUAGUGUAGAUCGGCUUAGCAGAUCUGUGAAUGAGCUGAAAGGUUUGGAUCGUAGCCAUGGGAAAGCCGAUUUCCAGUGGCAUAUGAGUAACGUAGAGACAUGGGUAAGUGCUGCUAUUACAGAUGAGAAUACUUGCACUGAUGGAUUUGCCGGCCGAGCUUUGAAUGGUAAAAUUAAGGCUUCUAUUAGAAGUCACAUAGCUAAUCUAGCUCAGGUUACUAGCAAUGCACUGGCCUUAAUCAACCAAUAUGCUGCAAAUCAUUGAUUAAUUAAUUAGCUACGUUAAUUAUGUUUAGAGUUUUUGAGCUUAAUUAUGGUUUUUUGCCUUUUUUUUUUUUUUUUCUUCUUGGCUUGUUUGGUACUCUAUAAAUUGUGAAUGCUACGGGAUGUUUCUUUCUUGUCCUUUACGGGGAUGUAUGUAGUAUGUUGUACACAACUUAUGAAUAUUAGUUAAGCAUAAUUCAUUAUGCGCUAAUUUUGUUUUAUUGAAUAAAUAUUUACUAGUUGUAUAUAUUACUUCUCCCACUUAAUUUA